AUGGUCGGGAGAAAGGUCCUACGAGUCCUUAUCAAGAAGGUGAGAGGGGUGGAUGGAACAGAAGAAGAGGACAUUUGGAACGAAAUAGAGAGCCAGUGGGAACUAGCACCCCAAUACAGGGAACCUGUACCGGUAAUCCCCGAAGACUUGGAGCAAGAAGAAACAACCUCACAAUCAGACUCCGACUCAUCACCAGACCAAACACCGAUCAACCCCCGAAACGAACCACUUGCCGAAAUGUCGGGACAAGCUUCGACUUCUACAGACCCCCCUUCUGCGACAGUACAACCCGGGAGAAAAAAGGUCAAACUCCCAGACAAUUACACAGGCAACCACAUUGAAUCCCAGAAGUUCAUGCUCCAAUGCCUCCUUCUUUUUGCAGCAGAAUCUGAUCAGUACAAGACCAAUCAAGACAAGAUAUCCCUUGUGCUCUCAUGCAUGAGAUAUGGCACGGCAGGAGCUUGGGCCAAGAACUUCCUCCUCAAAUCAGUUGGAGCGGACCCUCCCACUGAUCUAGGAAGAAUGACGGUUGAUGAGUACUCCAACCAGUUCAUCCUCAUUGCCGCCGAUGCCGACAUCUCUGACAAGGAGCAAGUCCCUUACUUCCAAUGCGGGUUAGACCCGCGCGUCAUGGACAAAAUAUAUGACAAGGAAGUCCAAACAAAGGACACUAUUCAAGACUGGAUUAAUACGGCCUGUGAAAUAGACGGACAGCUCAGAGCCAGAUCUGCUCAAAAGGCCAUCCUCGCCAACUCCACCUCCUUUCGCAGCGACUACCUAAACCACUUUCACACCCAACCCGCUGGAGAGGAAACUGCGCAGUUGAUCUGGAAGGAGAAGACGACGCACCCACUAUGGGAAACCAAGCGGGAAUAUAUCGAGGAAUGGAGGCAGAGAAUGUUCAUCGCGACGACCAGUGGGUACCACAACCUGGUCCUUCGAUGGAACGUCCGUACUCUGCCCCAUCCAGACAACCCCAGACGGACCAUCAGCGACGCGUCAUGUCGCCUGACGGACGACAAGGGAAUGGAGGCGUCAGUCAUUCUGCUCGCAUCAGAGCAGUGUUAG